AUGAGCAAUGUUAAAUCAAUUUUUCUUGCUUCAAUAACGAUAACAUUAGAAUUUUUAAAAUUUAUUAAAGAAACAUUUGUUAAUUUAAAUCAAAUGAUUAUAUCAUGGCAUACGUGUACUUUAGAUGAUAAAGUCAUUAAAGCAAAAACAAAAAUUAAAUUAGAUACAAUAAAAAUAUUAAAAUAUUACGGUGCAACAUACGAUUUAGAAUAUAUUGAUUUUUUAUUAUUAACACCAAAUAUUCGACGUUUCAUCGUGGAUGGUUCUGCAAUUCAUGUCAUCAAUGGUUAUACACCAGAAAAUCAACAAGUGGCUUCUAUAUGUGAACAAAUAAGUGAUUUGAAUAUAUUUAGAAAUUAUAGCGAUUGUGAUGAAGAUGAGACAGAAGAAACAUUUCCAAAUGCAAAACGCAGUUCAAAAGAUAUUUAG